AUGAGUGAACUCGCUGUAGACGCACCAAAGGUUGUUGAAGCUUUCAAUGGCGGCCUCACAUGGCUCAACAGAAAAUCAAACUCCCUCCAGAAGUUCCAACUUGACAAGAUUUUAAGCGCUAAGGAAGAAGCAAACGGCGAGCUUAUUAUCGAGAGCAACCUCAAGAUGUUCAACAAGGAUCACCACUUCAGAUUCGUUAUCGAUACAUCCUUGGCACCAACAAGCCCAGAAUACUUGAAGGACUUCAAGCAAUUAUCUCCAUAA